UCAACAACAAUAAGCAAACAAAGUUACAAGAAACAUACACAUAAGAAUGAAGAUCCUCCUUUUCUUUCUUGUCACACUCUUAGCAACAUGUCAUGGUAAUGUUCAAAACCAUGAACAUGAAUCAAAUUUCAACAUUUUCCCUCUCCGAAUGAAAACUGGUCCAGGUGGAAAAUACAUUCCAGAAGUGUCAUGUGCUAGUUGGAGAGUUGCUGUUGAAGCACGUAACAUCAUUAACUGGAAAACUGUUCCUCAAGAAUGUGAAGAAUAUGUUGGUAACUAUAUGCUUGGUGACCAAUAUAGAGCUGACUCUAAAUUUGUUAACCGUGAAGGUUUUUUCUAUGCUAGAACUCUCAAUCUAAAAGAUGGUAGAGACCUUUGGGUGUUUGACAUUGAUGAAACUACACUUUCUAACCUUCCUUAUUAUGCCACACAUGGAUUUGGGGUGAACCCAUACAACGAAACAUUGUUUAAUGCAUGGGUUGAUGAAGGAGCAGCACCAGCACUACCAGAGACACAAAAAUUGUACAACAAACUGGUAAAUCUUGGUGUUAAGAUUGCAUUCUUAACAGGAAGACCACUCAAACAGAAGGACAUUACAGCUAAGAACUUGAAAGAAGCUGGCUACCACACAUAUGAAAAGCUAAUUUUGAAGGAUACAGAAUUAUAUCAUGGUAAAACUGCAGUUCAAUACAAAUCAUCUGAGAGAAAGAAGCUUGAAGAAGAAGGAUGGAGAAUUAUUGGAAACAGUGGAGACCAAUGGAGUGAUAUUCUUGGAACCAACACUGGUGAAAGGACUUUCAAGCUCCCUGAUCCUCUUUACUACAUUGCUUGAUUAAUCUCUCUAUGCUUAAAGAAUAAUUAGCUAGCUAAUUGCUUAAUGGAUCAUUAUUGAUCUUUUGUUCUAUAUGGAAAUAUUCCUAUCAUGUAAUCCAUUUCAAGCUAGCUAACUUUUAUGUUCUUGAAUUGAAUAAAAUUAAUCAUGUUACAUAGCUUUCUCUUAA